AUGAGUGCCGGCGCCUGGUGGGUCCCAGAGUUCGGACACCCGCUGACAUCACCUGUUGGUCUGCGGGCCGUGGGGCCCAGGGGUUCCAGACCCUCGCGCAGGGCGGGCCCAGGGGACCGGACGGCCGGUGGCGGCUGCAGAAAGGCCUGGGCGGGGCGGCCGGGGGCCUUUGUGCGCACCAGACACCAGAUGGGACGCUAG